AGUCGUCCGCCGACGGGCUGCCAGAGGUGCCGGGUGCCGGACGCCGCCGCCGCCGGCGUCCUUCCUGUGGUGUCGAGCGUGUGUUGGGCUCCACCCCUCCUGUGCGACGGGGGUAUGACGAGUGACGACUAACGUCACCGCGCGGUGCGGGCUAGUGCGCAGUGAGUGCCGUGAUCGCCGCUAAUGGAGUGAACGAUGGUGGUCAGUGCUCUGCGUGAGUUGUGCGACCUCGUUCAUGCGUUCGUCAAAGUGAACUCCGUGGUCAUUCAGGGUUGAAGACGGCCGUGUGUCUCAGCCCAAGAGCCAUCUCAGAACACCGGCUAGCACUACUACUCUACCAGGCCCCGCCGGCUGCCGGUCGUCGCUGUGAGCCGGGCGCCCGGAGCCGACGGCGCUCCUAUAUGCGACCCCCGAGCACACCAUGCUGGAGAGCGUGUCUCGGCGCGCGUUCGGAGGAUCGAGCGGCACGUACAACGUUCGAGACAGCGAGCUGGCCCGCGAGCGUCAGGUGCGGGCGCUGCCCUACACGGUCCUCUUCCUGGACAACUCUCAGCAUGUGUUCCACAUCGAGAAGAAGGGCCGCGGCCAGGCCCUGCUGGACCGCGUGUACCAGCACCUGGAGCUGAUCGAGCGCGACUACUUCAGUCUCCAGUUCUGCGACUCCGAGAAUGACGACCAGGUUAUGCGGUGGCUGGACCCUCGCAAACCGCUCCGACGCCAGGUGGCCGGCAAGACGCAGCCCACCACCUACCACUUCCGCGUCAAGUUCUACGUGGGCGACCCGAGCAAGCUACACGAGGAGUACACGCGCUACCACUUCUGCCUGCAGCUGCGCCGGGACGUGCUGGAGGGCCUGCUACCCGUGCCGCCCAACACCGCCUGCCUCCUGGCUAGCUUCGUCCUACAAGCGGAGUUGGGCGACUACUGUCCCGAGGAGCACCCGGCCGGCUACCUGUCCCGAGUACAACUGCUGCCCAACAUGACAGAGGACAUGGAGAAAAAGAUCACCGAGCUGCACGCCCGGCACCGUGGCCUUACUCCAGCCGACGCCGAGUUCUACUACCUGGAGCACGUCAAACGGCUGGAGAUGUACGGACUGGAACUGCACCGGGCCAAGGACUCGAGCGGUCGCGACAUUCAGCUCGGGGUAGCUUCUGUUGGCCUGGUGGUGUUCCAGAACAAAAAGAAAAUAAACACCUUCUCUUGGGCUAAGAUCGUCAAGAUCGCCUUCAAGAGGAAGGAGUUUUUCAUUCAGCUCAGAAGGGAACUGUCGGAGGACUACGAUAGCCUGCUGGGGUUCAGCCUGCCUUCCUACCGCGCCUCCAAGGCGCUGUGGAAGACGGCAGUCGAGCACCACACCUUCUUCCGGCUGAACGCGCCGCAGCCGCCGGUCCGGCGGCUGAUGGGGCUCGGCAGUCGGUUCCGCUUCUCCGGGAGGACAGAGUAUCAGACCCUUCAGGAGGGGCGCCACCGCGCGCGGCUUGACCGGCCCUUCGUCAGGUCUGGCCCGCAGCGCGGCGGGCCUCUCCACCAAACACUGCCGCCUCUCAGCUCGGAGGAGCGCCAGCGACUGCUGGGCCACGGUCGGCUCGGUACGCCGACCCAGCACCGUGUGACGGCCGCGCAGCCGAGCCGGCCGGAGCCGCGCCGCGCCUGGACAGAGGACUCGCCGCCCAGCGAUGGCAGCUUCCUGGAGCGUCUGCCGCCUCUCCAAGUGCCUCUGGUGGUCGGCCCGGCCGGCAUGCCAUCUGUGGGCGACAUGUCGCCGCACAAGGCCGCCGUGGCGCCGGUGCACCCCUCGUCACCGCCGCCGCCCCCGCCCUCGUCCGCCGCCGGGCCUGAUCCCACCCUCCUGACCGACACGGCUCGGCCGUUCACACCAGCGGCUCCCGGCAAACUCAGCUACAUGGACGACAGCGAGGAGAGCGACAAAACGCAGGAGUCCGCCUCGGCCGCCAGUACAGAGCCAUCUGUGAGUAACGGCCACACCGAGAGUCCGUGCGGCAGCCAGGUGGUCAUCCACAUGAAGCCCGACGACCAGGGCCGCUACGGCUUCAACGUCAAGGGCGGCGCCGAGAGCAGCACGCCCGUCACCGUGUCCAAGGUGGCUCCGAACGCUCCGGCAGACCGCACCACGCCGCGUCUCAGCGAGGGUGACCAGGUGGUGCUCAUCAAUGGCGUGGAUGUAUCGGGUCUGAGCCACGAUGAGGUGGUCAGCUUCAUCCGUUCGUCCCGGGAGCGGCACAGUGAGCUGGUGCUCACCGUACGGCCCAGCGUGAAUUACGAGGGCAGCGGCGGGGACGGCGAGGAGCCUCUGGUCCAGUAUGUGCCCGACACGCCGUAUGUGUCGCUUAGCCUGCCCGAUGGCGACCCGCUGGCACAGUCCAUGCUGAUGCUCUCUGAAGCGCUGGCGGGCGGCGCGGCGCGGUCCGAGUUUGAGAAACUGCCGCGGCGGGCACCCGGCCUCUCCAUGGACGACUGCCGGCUCCCGGGCAACCUGGCCAAAAACCGCUACCGGGACAUCUCGCCAUAUGAUGCCACGCGGGUGCUCCUGACGUCGGCCGAGUCGGGCGACUACAUCAACGCCAACUACGUCAACAUGGAGGUGCCCGGCUCGGGCGUCGUCAACCGCUACAUCGCCGCCCAGGGUCCUCUGAAGCACACGACGGACGACUUCUGGUCGAUGGUGUGGGAGCAGCAGUCGCCCCUGGUGGUGAUGCUCACCACCCUGGUGGAGCAGGGCCGCGUCAAAUGUCACCAGUACUGGCCCCCUCCCGGCGAGAGUCGCCUGCACGGCCACCUGCGCGUCAGCACGGCCAGCCAGCAGCUCACAGACAGCUUCGCCUUCCGAGAGAUCACACUCGUCUGCGAGGAGACGGGCGAGGAGCGUCACAUCUCUCACAUGCAGUACGUCUCGUGGCCGGACCACGGCGUGCCCGAACAGCCGGCCGACUUUGUCCAGUUCGUGCAGCGCGUGCGCGCGGCGCGCGCCGGCCUGGUCGAGCCGACCGUGGUCCACUGCUCGGCCGGCAUCGGACGGACGGGCGUGCUCAUACUGAUGGAGACGGCCAUGUGCCUGAUCGAGGCCAACCAGCCCGUCUACCCGCUGGAGCUGGUGCGCACCAUGCGGCGGCAGCGCGCCAUGAUGAUCCAGACCCCUAGUCAGUACCAGUUUGUGUGCCAGGCGGUUCUACAGGUGUAUCAGGAGGGCACGGUCCGACCUCUGCCCGAGUACACUCAGAGGUGAGCCCGACAUACCGUCCAGACUCCCCUGCUGCUGCCGCUAGUCACGCUCCAAGUACAACUCGCCCGGCGACCGCAGGCUGCCAGUGACAUCUACCGGCCGUCGGUGGCAGUCGCAGUGCCGGACUCUGACGCCGGAUGGCGCUGUCGGCGGUCUGCCGGCGAGGCGCCGUGUCGACCGUACAGCGGGCGCCGGACCUCAGAGCGGGCCGUACUUUUGUACCGUGAGCUCGGCCGGCGCGUGUGCGUGGACCGGAGGCUGUGCGUAUGUGUGCGAGGCGCGUGCUGGCCUGUGUGAGAAUACGGCGGGCAUGGCGCCGUCCGUGACCGGCGCGGACCGUCCGGCGCCACCGCGCCGGGCCCCACCGGCCUCUGAUGCUGUAAUGAGCUUUGGAUUUGCUUUAUGAUCUCAGUUGAUUUGAGGUCGGCCGUCUGUCGUGUCUCCCGGCUGCCGCCGCCGGCCCGCCGACUGGGACUUUACUCUCAAAUGUGUGCAUUGUUAUUAUUGGAGCCGUGUUGUGUGUACUUUGGUCCUCAUUGCUGAUUGCAGCGAUUGAAUUGUGAAAUAUCGUGAUUGUCGGUGAGAAACGUUUACUCCUGAAUCAAACCCAGAAGCUGACGGUUUCAGUUGUUCUAAGAUCGGUUUUAAUACAAAAUGAGGACAGUGCUGUCACCGUUU